ACUUUAGGCGCAAGAUCGUUUUCCAUUGCUGCCCCUACUGUGUGGAACAGCUUUCCCAUGCAUAUCUGUGAUAUUGAAUCACUGGGGCCUUUUGAGAGACAUGUAAAGACAUAUCUGUUUAGAUUAGCUUUUGCACUGUUUUAAAAUAUUGUAAAUUUUAUUUUCAUUUUAUUUAGUUUUUUUUAUUAGUAUGUUUACCUUUUUUUUACCUUUUUAUCGGUUUUACCUAGCAUAGAUUCAUCUUGUAAAUUUUAACCAGUAUAUGGACAAUGUAAUGCGCUUUUGGUGCUGUAGCAAAUUCAUAAAUUAUUGUUAUUAUUAUUAUUAUGAUUAAAAAUUAUUCUUUCUUUCAGGGAGUAUCUUGCUACUUUUAAGAAAACUGUAGCCAUGCAUGAAGUUUUCUUGACACGCUUAGCUGCUCAUCCUACCCUGCGAAAGGACAGCAAUUUUAAUGUCUUUUUGGAAUUUAAAGGAGAGGUGUGUACCUUUCAUUGUGUAGCAUUAAGUACAGGGCAAAAAAUUCUUCGAGAAAAACAUAGGUAGCUGCCCAACUCAGUUAAGACUUCUUUAAACUUUUAUGAAACUGCUCUUCUUAUAAAAUUAGUCACCUUCAACUGACACUCUCAUCUUGAAUUUUAUUGUGGUUUAUUAGCUUGCUGUAGGUGAACAUGCACAUAAAAUUUAACCCAAAUUUGACAAAUUGCCUGUGAAAAAAACUCUGAUAGCAUGUGUAGCCUUAUUAUCAUCAUGGAGCUAUCUGCCAUGAAAAAAUAUCCUGUAAAAUGCAAGGUAAAAUUUAAGGAAAUCUGCUUGAUUUCAUUUUGUUUGAGGUAUCUGCUAGAAAAAUUGUGCCAUUACCAAGCAGGUUUUGUACAAGGACAAAUGUUUUUUUCUCUGUGAUGAUUUGCUUGUUAAAGCAUGUGUGAGUAAGUCAGCACUGAAGGCUUUAGAAGAGGAUUAGAAGCAAGGGGAUCUUUCUGAACAGAGGUUUGAUUGACUAAGAGUCAAUGAAGAUGGUGAUCUUUCCGGGCUGUCAUUAAGGUUCUAAAAAGCUGGCCUCAAGUAGGGAAAGUAGCUAAAAUAGUAAUUGGACAAAUCCUCAAAAGAUAAAAAGAUAUUUGUUGUGCUCAUUUUAAAUCUGAACCGUUAGCUGGCAGAUUUUACUGAAGUUGCUGGCCACUAAUGGCAGCCCUGUUGAAGGAUGCGUGUCUUUUGUGACAUGUAUGGUCAUUAUUUUAAUUAUAUCUCUUACUCAAGCUCAAUGUACGGGGCAAAAACAAGAAGGAAAAGCUUGGAGGACUCUUUAAAGGCCUUGCUAAGGGUGUGGAUGAAGUCCUUAUAUCUGGACAAAAGGUAAAUCUUGAGUUAACCUAUGUAUAGUUAAAUAUUGUUAACAUAUCCAUGUGAUACCGUGUAUUUAAAGGCAACAGGUAUUACAAUGAUCUUAUUCUCUAUGAGCAUGACAUUGAGGUUAUAUUAUUUCCUUUUUCAGAGGUUCAAGAUAUGAGAAAUUUUUUUAGCUUGCAUUUAGUUUUACUGCAGCUUCUUUGUGGUAAUUGCUAUUUUGAAAAAGUAAUCGAAAGUAACUAAAAAGUAUUUUUGAUUUAUUUUAAAAAGACAAAGACAUCCCAGCAGUAUUUUGAUAUGAUUGUUUUGAACUAGUUCUGUGUCCUCACCAUAAACAUCUCUUGGUGACUUACGAGCUUGCGUAGGAUGAUUCUGUAAGAAAUUGCAUUAGUAUUAAUUGUCAAAACAUCAAUAAAUUAAGGUGUUUGUAUCCUGUUGCUAAACAACAGACUGAACUUAAUUUUUUAUAUAUAAAAAGAAAAAUGCUUGGGCGAUUGUAUAAUAAAGUUAUUUGAAAAAAGAGAAAGUUCCUUAGCUAUUUGCUGGUGGUAAAAUUAUUUGUAAUUAAAUUUAUUAUUAGCGAUCACCUUUAAAUAAUUAUUUCUUUGUUUAUAUAGUUAAAGGUUUGACCGUUUAUGUUAUUAGAUCCAAACUGUCAGAUUAUCAAAAACUUAUUUCUCGAGUUUGUUUAAUGUUUUUUAAAUUAGCCAAUUGUACAUUUGCAUCAUUUACUUUUGUGUAUUAAUAAUAAUUAUUAAUACACAAAAGUAAAUGAUGCAAAUGGGUGUAACUAUUUUUUCAGGACCAUGAUGAGUUUUUUGAGAAUGAGAAGAAGUUUUUAGUUGAAUACAACAUGAAGUAAGUUUUACCUGAGAGUUGAAGCUAUCAAGUUUACUUUUGUUCUGUUUUUGUUGUAGUUAUGAAUUCCGUUAAAGGGGCUAUGUAACAGUAUUUGCUAUCUUUUUGAAAAGCUGAAAUGUGUCUUUGCAUCAGUUGGAUUACAAAACAUACCAGUCCAGUUUUGUUAUGUAAGACUAUAAUUGUGUAGGCAUUGAAACCUUUUCCUGUCAUCUGUUGCUAUGAAUGGCAAGGAUGGAUUGGAUUGAAAUUUGUGAAAGUUGCAGGGUGCAAAGAGAGUCAGUUUUACAGCCUGCCAUUCGGGCAAGCUGUAGCUAGCAUGUACUAGCCCAAAAGUCAUUUCAACUAGCCCCAAAACCCUUUUUGAUUAGCAGGAUUGAUUACAAUCCUUCUGUAAUUUGAAUUUCCCCAAAAACAGCAUUUGCCCGUUGGGCAAGUUAAGAAAAAAAUCACUAGCCCGAUAGCAAAAUCCACUAGCCCAGGCUAUCGGACACGACUUUCUUUGCACGCUGAAGUUGGGACAACUUUUUCAAGUUUUACUGCUAUGCCUGCAAAAAUCACCGAAAACAUUAUUAAGGUUAGUACGUGCUCCCUGAUAAAAAUUGCUUGAUAUCUUUUAAAACUGUACAGGAACAAAGGGCAAAGGCACUGAGCAAUGACUUCCUCAUGAAUUGACCUGAAAAGUCAAUACCUUGGUGACAUACUGUAACACCUUUAAAUCAACAGUGUCCUGUAAGCAGUGAGGACCGGUUACUGUAUUUAUUUGAAUAAGCAUCCAACCUUGAAUUAGUGCCCACCUCGAAUAAGCACCCACCCCCACCCCACCCCUUGGGUGACAGUGAGAUUGAAAUUGAAUAAGUACUAGUAUAAAGAGACUUUUGUUAAGACGGAGUUUUCUUCAGAGUAGGGGUAGUUUACAGAAACAUUGCUUUGUUACAUCUUCGCGUUUCUUUAUUACCAUUUGUUGUUUUGUUGCAAAAUAAACAUACUACACUUGCUGAAAAUGGUGAAAAUCUAAUAAGCACCCAGCCUCGAAUAAGCACCCACCUUGAAUUAGCGCCCACUCUCAAGGUCCAAAAAUUUAAUAAGCACCCAGGGCGGUUAAUCAAAUAAAUACAGUAUUUAAACCAUCAAUUGAACUUAAGGCCUCUGGAUUGCAAUUCCAGCACGAGUUCCAACCACUCAGCCACGGUGCCUCUUAACCCUUUGUGGUUUUCACUUAUUAGGUUAAAGGAUGCUACCCGUCAAGCUGAUCGCAUGACAAAGACCCACAAAAGUUCAGCAGACUCAUUUAUCAGGAUCUCUUCCUGUAUUUCACAAAUGGGAACCAGCGAAUACAUGGACAUAGAUCGUUUUCUAAAUAAGGUAUUUUGGUUGUUUUAUUUCUUUCUCCUAUACUGUGGGAGUCCAUAAUGGUGGGGAAAAAGACAUUUCUCUGUAAGCAUUAUUUUGUAUGAGAGGGUAGCAUACAUUGACAUUUUAUUUUACCUCACAUUGAGAUGAGCAUCAAAUUAUUCAAGAACAAAAAUAUUUGAAAAAAAAAAAAUGGGUGAACAUAUUCAUGCCAGUCAUGAGACUGCAAGGUUGGCCUAAACAUAAAGAAAAGAAAGAAGAGUUUCAGUAAUAUAUUGAAGCUCUUCUUUUACCACUCAAGGUACUGAUGUGCAACUUAAGAAGUGUAAAUCUAACCAAAAGUACAAGGCUAUGACAGAAAUCAUAAAUAUAUAGAUUUAGCCAAGGCUGAAAGCGAAGCUCACAUUAAAUCAAACAAUAAACCUGUAUUCCACGAUUCAGUUAACUUUAGAGCACAUUCAUGUGACUUUUGAGGAAAGGGUAAAGUGAUUUUAGAGAAAAAUAAUUUGGAAACAGCCCAAUAGUGAACCAAAUCUUACAUCGAGUUGAUAGCCUCCAUUUUGGUUACAGCUUCCUCCCCGCUUGCACUGACUUUUCAUCUUCUUAGCUAGAACUCUCAGCCUCUUUCGAAUUAAAGUCGUAACAAUGCUUAGAAACAAGCCAGUAAGGGCAAUUCUUUUUUUAAUUUCCGUUUAGCUGACACAGCUUUAGCAGAAAGCUCUCUGUGGUGAUUUUUCAUCAACAAAACAAAAUAGCAAUAUCGCUCUCGCAUCUUCCGCCAUUUUGUUCCGUCAAUUCAUGAAGGACACGUGGCUCUGGCGUGGGUCAUCCACCUUGGAACACAUUCCGCACUAUGUGAUUGGCUGUUGUCUAAUCCCUCUUGGGAUCUGUGGUCUUAAAAUAACUUGAGGCAAUUACCUAUGGAAUAGGGUGUGUAUGGGGAUGCCUUCUCUGUCCCCUUUAUCCUCUCUUGGUUUGAAACAAAAGGAAAAUAAAAUUUAAACCAAGGUUAAAUUGAACCACAACAUCUGCAAUAGCAGGGUGUCCAUAUUUCAAGUAAACAGUUGACUGUCCCAGAAAUGGUUUAGAAAAAGAAAUCGUGGUCAUUCAAUUUUUCAAAGUUUGCCCCAUUUGAUUUCUAGGUUGCUGAAUACUUUGAGAAAGCGGCAUUGGAAGUUGGAAGCGAGCGUUGCAUCUGAUCAAGACCUGAAAAUUUCAGACCUCCUUAGAUAUUAUGUGCGAGACACAGAUGCCGCUAAGAAUCUGCUGUAUCGUAGAGCUCGAUGUCUACAUGACUAUGAGAAUGCUAACAAAGCUCUGGACAAGGCGCGAGCUAAAGGGAAGGAAGUUGCUGCUGUAAGUACAUCUUUGCUAGCUGACUGA